AUGGAGUCGUUUAAUGAUCUGCAGGAAGACAUAAGGACUAAAAUGCUAAAAGUUAAGACUAAUUUUAAAAAGUCUCCUAAGGAUCGUUUGACGGUUGCUUAUAUUGAAACCAGGCUAGAUAACUUGGAACAACAGUGGACUUUGUUUACAGACACUCAUGCUAAAAUUAUAAGCCAGGUUAAGCGAGCUGAUUUGUAUAGUUCAGAUUAUCACAAAAAUAGUGUGUAUGAUGAUGUAGAAGAAUUAUAUGUUCAAUUCAAAACUGAGUUAAAAGAAAUGUUAUAUAAAUUAAAAGCGCCUGAGUUAGAAGUAAAGUUAAGUUCAAAUAGUCAAGGUGAGAGUUCAGCAAGACGUUUCAAGUUGCCUGAAAUUAAAAUACCUACCUUUUCCGGUAAGUACACGGAGUGGCAGACAUUCAGAGAUUUGUUUUUAGGGCUUGUGCAUGAAAACAAGUCACUGGAUGAUGCCCAAAGAUUUUAUUAUUUAAGGGGACAUUUAACCGGGGAAGCCGAACAACUGUUACGUAAUAUUAAGGUGACGUCGGAUAGUUAUCAAGUUGCCUGGGAGAAAUUAGAUAGUAUGUACAAUAAUAAAAGGUUUUUGGCGAACGGCAUCUUGAAGCGUCUACUAAGUCAAAAAAGUUUGGUGUCUGAAUCAGCAUCGGAAAUUAAAAACUUAAUUUAUACAACUUCAGAUUGUUUAGACUCAAUAAAAAAUAUUGGUGUGGAUGUUUCAUCUUGGGAUAUCCUGAUUAUCCACAUUAUAAGCGCUAAAUUAGAUAAGGACACGCGGAAAGCAUGGGAGUUAAAGGUAUCUUCAGAUCCGAGUGACGAAUUACCCACGUUUCAAGAUUUUUCCAAUUUUUUAAUAGGGCGUUUUAGAGGUCUAGAAAAUAUCGAUUCUAAGGUGUGUAAACGUCGACAUCAUUCUUUAUUACAUCCCAGUGGUGAUUCUGGUUCUGGUAGUGCUGAAGUUGGGGCGAUUCAUCAAUCAACCUCGUCGACCAGUCGAAGGUCAACGGAUGAGGAUACUGCCGCAAGCAGUGAUAAGUUAUCUGUUCAAGCAGAAGGUUUAGAUAAACCACUUGUGUCUUGUUUUUCGACAGGAAACUGUUCUAAAACAGUUUUAUUAACUACAGCUGUGAUGCAAGCUGAGUCGAAGGACGGGACUUAUUUCCCAGUUAGGGCUUUAUUGGAUCAGGGGUCGCAAGGUUCUUUUAUUACCGAGGCUAUGGUGCAGCGCUUAGGUUUAAAAAGGCUUGCGGUCAAAAACACCAUAGUUGGUGUAGGGGGAGAUAAAAGUGUGACUUCCAAGUCCACAGUCAAAAUCAAUUUAAGGUCGAGAGUUGAUCCUAGGUUUCAAGUGAAGGUUAAUGCGUAUAUCUUGAAGUCGGUUACGUCUCUUCUCCCAGUUGCGAAGGCAACUAGGGUAGAAUGGGAAAACCUGACUCUGGAUGAUCUGGCUGAUCCCGAGUAUCACACGCCUAAUAAGAUUGAUAUCUUAUUAGGUGCGGAGAUAUUCAGUCAGAUUAUUCAAGAAGGCAUUAAAAGAAACCUCAACGGAUCUCUCUUGGCGCAGGAUACUGCUUUUGGUUGGAUAAUAUCUGGCGUCUGUGAGGUAGACAGCACGUCAAAUAUCCAUUCUCACAUAACUGUGAUGCAUUCGUAUCUGGAAUUGGACAAUAUGCUGAAGAGGUUCUGGGAACUUGAAGCCGAACCACCUGUAACAAAAAGAAUGCUCACAGAUGAGGAAAUUAAAUGUGAGAAAUUAUUUAAGGAUACUACGAAACGGGAUGGAGAUGGUCGGUUCAUCGUAAAACUGCCGUUUCGUACGGCUAACCCGGACUGCAUGCGUGGUGAGUUCAGGAAAAUAGCUGAAAAAAGAUUGAGAAAUUUAGAAUUUAAAUUGCAAAAGAACAUUAGGUUAAAAGAGGAUUACAUACAAGUUAUAAGGGAGUAUUUAAACUUAAAUCAUAUGGUAAAAGUUACAGAUAAAGAUAAAUUUAAGGAAACAGCUAUUUACUUACCACACCACGCAGUAGUCCGAGAAGAUAAGGAUACUACUAAAGUCCGAGUAGUGUUUGAUGCCUCCUGUAAGGGAAGCAAUGGGAAGUCAUUAAAUGAUGAUUUAUUGAUCGGCCCGCCACUGCAAGCCGAACUACGUCUUAUAAUCAUGCGCUGGAGACAAUAUAAGAUAUGUUUGGUGGCGGAUGUGGUGAAAAUGUACCGACAAGUGCUGGUAAAUCGGGAAGAUACUCCAUUUCAGAGGAUUCUUUGGAGAGAUAGUCCUGAAAAGGAGCUUCAAGAGUUUGAAUUACGUACCGUGACCUUUGGCACCGCAUGUGCUCCAUAUUUAGCUGUGCGGUCACUGCAAGAGUUGGCAUAUAAGGAGUGUCAGAAUAAGCCAGAAAUCGCUAAAAUUAUUUUGAAUGAUUUUUACAUGGAUGAUGUGAUGACCGGAAGUGAAACCCUAGAAGAUGCUUAUAAAAUAUAUAAAGAAUUAACCGGAGUGUUAGCGAAAGGAGGGUUUCCGUUGCAAAAAUGGAAAAGCAAUGCUAAGGAAAUAUUAGCUAAAAUAUGGAAAGCAAAGGGUAAUAAGGAUGAGGAAUUAAGGAUUAGGGUAGAUGAUACAACUAAAAUUUUAGGACUUACCUGGGAUCAGCGUGGUGACUUCUUCCGAUACUCUGUAGAUCUUGCACCACAAGAGGAACCUGUAACAAAAAGGAAAAUCAUAUCUGAUAUAUCCCGAUUAUUUGAUCCACUCGGAUGGUUAGCUCCUUGUAUUAUAGCAGCAAAAAUACUCAUACAAAAGCUUUGGUUAGCUGGUAUUGGGUGGGAUGAGCAAAAUAUUAAAAUUCCACGAUGGAUACACACUUGUAAUAAAUAUAAGCGCGAGUUGUACGGGUUUGCUGACGCUUCGAAGGUGGCUUAUGCGGCUGUCGUGUAUCUGCGAGUUGUAGAUGAAGUGGGAAAUGUGAAUGUCUCGUUAGUUACAUCUAAAACAAAAGUAGCUCCAAUAAAGCAGGUGUCUAUCCCUAGACUUGAGCUUUGUGGGGCCGUACUCUUGGCUAAAUUGAUGAUUGAGGUAGCUGAAGUCAUGAAUAUUGAAAGAAAUCAGUUACAUGCAUUCACUGACAGUGAAGUGGUUUUAGCCUGGCUUAACAAUCACCCAAGUCGAUGGAAGACCUUCGUGGCUAACCGAGUUUCUGAAAUCCUACAGAUUUUGGAUACACAUCAUUGGUCCCAUGUGACCACUAAGAAGAAUCCUGUCGAUUGUGCAUCACGGGGUAUUUCCCCGGCGGAACUAUCAGAAAUGGCUAUAUGGUUUGAAGGGCCAGAGUUUCUAAAAAAUAAGGUAAUUAGGUGUACAAAACCAAAAAACCUGGUUACAAAUCUUGAGCAAGUUAAAGUUCACACAGCGGUCGUUGACACAACUUUGUGGCAAAGGUUUUCUUCAUUCUCGAAGCUUGUUCGUGUGGUCGCCUAUUAUCGUCGUUGGUUAAGGUUAAGAAAAGGUUCAAGUAGCAUGCCAAGUUUAGGAGCAUUGGAGCGACAGGAAAUUGAGGAUGCGAUAAAGGUCUAUUCAGAAGGUAUAAUUAGAGUCGGCGGCCGGCUAGAAAUGUCUUCGCUGUCAUUUAACGAGAAAUAUCCGAUUCUCAUACCUAAAGAAUCUUUUUUGAGUGGACUCUUAAUUGCUGAUGCUCAUCAAAAAACCCUACACGGAGGCCCACAACUCAUGAUUACCUAUUUGAGAUCGAAGUAUUGGAUUAUGGGUGCGAAGUCUCUCAUUAAAAAAUAUUAUCGUAGCUGUGUAACUUGUACGCGUUACUCAAGCCGGUCCACAUCUCAACUCAUGGGUCAGUUACCUUCCGCGCGUGUUAACCCGAAUAAGCCCUUUCUUAUAAGCGGAGUCGAUUACGCGGGGCCUAUUAAUAUAAGAAUUUCAAAAGGUAGGGGUAACAAGUCGUAUAAAGGAUAUAUUGCUCUGUUUAUUUGCAUGUCGACCAGAGCCGUCCAUCUUGAAGCUGUUAGCGAGCUGUCCACUCAAGGGUUUAUAGCCGCUUUUAAAAGGUUUGUUGCAAGACGAGGUAGGUGUGCAGAGCUAUACAGCGAUAACGGCACAAAUUUUGUAGGCGCUGCUCGACAGUUACUGUGUCUGUUCAACGAAGAGAAAACUAAUUUUAAACCUGAACUAGCAGAGUACCUCGCGACCAAUGGAACCCAGUGGAAUUUUGUUCCUCCUCGCGCUCCAAAUUUCGGUGGACUAUGGGAGGCAAGAAUAAAGUCCACAAAGUUCCACCUCAAACGAGUAGUUGGAAACUCUACGUUGACGUAUGAGGAGAUGGCCACAGUGUUAUCUCAAAUAGAGGCAUGUCUGAAUUCGAGGCCAUUGUCUCGUGUAGAGGAUCAAGGCGAGGUCGUAGUUUUGACCCCUGGUCAUUUCCUGGUGGGUGAACCACUCAUAGUUGUUCCUGAUGCAAAUUAUGAGUCUUCAAAUAUGUAUACUUUGCGAAGAUGGCAAUUCCACCAGCGAAUGAUGCAGGACUUUUGGCGUCGAUGGUCCCAGGAUUACCUUCAUCAGUUCCUUCAAAGGCAUAAAUGGGAAUAUCAGAACCCAGAACCAUCACUGGGUGAUGUAGUUUUAGUCAAGGAGGACGAUCUACCCCCAGCGCGAUGGUUGCUAGGUAAAAUCGAACAAAAACAUCCGGGACCCGAUAAUAUCACGCGGGUAGUCACAAUACGUACCAAAAAUUCUUUAAUUAAAAGACCUACGUCUAAGGUAGCAAUUUUACCUGUAACUAAAUAA